AUGGCAGGGACCGCACGCCACGACCGAGAGAUGGCGACCCAGGCCAGGAAGAAGCUCACCGUGACCACUGACCCCAUCGAGAGGCUCCGCUUGCAGUGCCUGGCCAGGGGCUCAGCGGGCAUCAAAGGGCUUGGCAGAGUGUUUCGAAUUAUGGAUGACAAUAACAACCGAACCCUUGAUUUCAAAGAAUUUGUGAAAGGGUUAAAUGAUUAUGCUGUGGUCAUGGAAAAGGAGGAAGCAGAAGAGCUUUUCCGGAGGUUUGAUAAAGAUGGAAAUGGAACAAUAGACUUCAAUGAAUUUCUUCUCACAUUAAGACCUCCAAUGUCCAGAGCCAGAAAAGAGGUGAUUAUGCAAGCUUUUAGAAAGCUAGACAAGACUGGAGAUGGUGUGAUAACAAUUGAAGACCUUCGAGAGGUGUACAAUGCAAAACACCAUCCAAAGUAUCAGAAUGGUGAAUGGACGGAGGAGCAAGUGUUCCGGAAAUUUCUGGAUAACUUUGACUCACCUUAUGACAAAGAUGGAGUGGUGACUCCUGAGGAGUUCAUGAACUACUACGCCGGGGUGAGCGCGUCCAUUGACACUGAUGUGUAUUUCAUCGUCAUGAUGCGAACCGCCUGGAAGCUCUGA